AUGGAUCGCCCAAUUAGCUCACUGAUCAGGAAUGAUGACCUGAAAUCCACCUGGCCCUCAGGGCGUCCCAUCAAGAGAAGUUUGGUCCAGGACUCCAUAAGCAGCAUCCAGGCACCAGGCAAGAGAUCUGCUCAGAUCUCCAGCCUGGCUUGUCUGAACCCACCAAAGAAACCCAGACUGAGUCCCAUCCAAUUUCCCAAGAAGAGCACCCUGAGACCAGAUCCGGGGGUUUUCCAGAAUCUGCAGCCUCCACCCAGUACCACCAGACCUGGGCCAACCGUGGCACCCCAAGUGACCAGGAAGACACCUGCCCAGGUGCAAAGCAUUAACCUCCAGCCUCCACACAACACAUCUUACCUGAAUACUCUCCAGGCCUACACCAGAGUCCAGCCUCUACCCAUCAAACAUGUUCCAGGCCAGCCUCUCAGGAUGCUCUUCAGGAGAGUAGGCAAAGCCUGGUGGAGCUGCACAUACAUGACAUCUCCCUCUUUGUCUCCUGCUGAGAAGCCAACCCCUCCUGCUCAGAGCCCACCCAUGGGCAAGAAGUCUGAGGAACACUGUGCCCCAGGCCCAUGGAGUGUCCUCUAUCAAGACCUUCAGAUUUCUUCUUCCUCUGAAGAGAGUGAGUGA